GACCCGCCCGAUUUCAACUGGUCAUGAUUCACGUGCUGUACCGUUAUUCUCUCCGUCAAUUUUAAUUUGCUUGCGCAAGUAAUCUCGAGAAAUCACCAUCAAAAGAAAACCCCUAAUUUUCCAUCAACCGUAAAUCAAAAACCCUAGAAAACCCCUGAAUUUCUUCCUCUAUCAAUGACAACCACCAUGGACAAAUUCCGCCAUAUCCUGAAGAAAUACGGCAAAGUAGGUUUAGGCGUUCACUUCACAGUCUCAGGUGUUACCAUUACUGGUCUUUAUGUCGCGAUUAAAAACAACGUCGAUGUUGAAUCUGUCCUCCAAAAAGUCGGCAUUGGAAGCGUUGAUUCAAACACCCAUCAAGAUCAACAAAACGACGCUGAAAACAUCUCUGAUUAUUCAUCUCCGCCAUUAGAGAAGAAGAGGAAUCGUACGGCCGAACUCGCGGCUUCUAGUGGCGGCGCAUUUGCUCUUGCGAUUUUAUGCAACAAAGCUUUGUUUCCAAUAAGGGUUCCGAUUACUCUCGCUCUUACUCCUCCUAUUGCUAGGUUUUUGGCUCGUCGUAAUAUUAUUAGAACUAGUGUAUGAUUGGUUGAUUGAUCGUCUGUAUACUCUUGAUCUUAGGUUUUUAGUGAGUUUAUGCUCUGAUAAAUGGGGAAGGAACUUUUAUUGUUUUUUUUGUGUCCGUGUUACUUUUACUACACAUUCUUCCAAUUUUUAUCUUUUAUUAAUAAAGAUAAAGAAAAUAAUUUUUGGUAGCUUGAUUAAUUUGUGUAAUUGGUAUGAUGUUGAUUUGCGAAUAAAAAAUUGGUAUGUGUUUUGAUAUUGAUUUGCUCAGAUAUCAGAUUAGAGUUACUAUAGUUCAUCCACUUUGACGUUGCUUUAGUCUAUAAGUUGAUUUUUUGCUCAUUUGUGUAAUAUGUGUGAUGUACUUCAUGCAUGAUUAUUUUUCUGCUGGUAUAUUAUUGAUUUUCAUGUUGAUGAUGUGAAUUAUUUCUGAGAAUUUGGUUAAUUUUCCCAGUGUUGGGGUGAUGUUGUGACUGAGGCUGAGGGGGAUGGGAGUUUGGAAGAUUAACUUUGUAUGCAGGAAUUGGUACUGGCAUUUUAGGCAUUUUAGGCAUUGAGGAAGUCGAAUGUUCUAAGAAUGUGCUAAAUUUGGAAGGGGAUACAUUCUGAGAUUUUGUUAUAUUGAUGGAGUUUAUUACUGCACCUUGUAUUAGUUUGUCAAGUAGUGUUAUAGGUUAAUUAGAUUAGCACCUUCGUUUCUGAGAAAGUGAUGAUAAUGCAAGAUGCGUGAUUUUCGAUAUGACUCGCUAGUUUGGAGCUGGAUAAUGAAGGAACUUGCUUAUGAAUGAUUGAUGAUGUGCCUGGUAGGUGUUUGUAAGUGCAUUAGUCGCUUUAUAGUUUUACUUGCAAUUGGUCUUCUCCUUCCAGUGGGUUACUUUGUCUUUGGUAGAAGUAGAAGAUUAGUUGACACUUGAAUCUGGACUCUGGAGUUCCUGAUCCCUGCUAACUUCUCGUUUUUGCUUUGCUCAGUUAACUUUUUGUUAUAAUAACUUAUUGAAGGCCAUAUGAUGAAGGAUGAUGUAUUUUUGCACUUUGAUUCAAACAUCCCUUCUGUAGCUCUUAUUUUGUGAGACCUAUAUUGUGUCUACUCCGUGAGGUUUGCUUGGUGAUAUGCCUAGUAUCAAGUGAGUUUGGGAU